CGGACCGUUUAAGCUGCUGCACACCGCUGUCAGUGGCCGACAUGGCGUCCGGGUUGAUCCUAAAUCGUGGUGUGCUAACAUUAGGAAUUCACUGUCAGCGUGUCAGCAGAAACAUAUCAUUAUCUCAGGUUAGAGAGAAGAAGCGAUGGAUGAGAGCGUACACAUACCUCAUGGCAAAGAAGUUAAAGCUCGAGGGACCUCCGCCACCGAAGCCACGCUCUCAGCAGCCUCACUGGGAUUACCAUGCCGAGGUUCAGGCUUUCAGCACGCGCCUCCAUGAGAACUUCUCCCUGGAGAUCCUGAAAACAGCCUUCGUCAAUCCCUGUUACCUGCAGGCGGAGCAAGAGAGGAGACUGGCGUUAGGCAUGGGCUCUGAGGCCACAGCUCUUGUUCUGAAAGAUAAUAUUCAGCUGAGUAAAAAGGGAGCGGAUUUCACUAAAAGCUUCCUGAGCGACUGGUGCAGGGCCAGCUUCCCGAGCCUGCCAAGUGAGGGGGUGGAGAGUAUCACAGGGCACCUCACCAGUUCAGCAGUUGUGACCUAUGUAGCAAAAAAUCUCGGCAUUGAGGACCUAACCAUGAGUGCAGAAUGCCCUGUUCCUGAUGAUGUGCUUUAUUCAACAUUCAUGGCAGUGAUCGGAGCACUUGAGGAGAGCAGCGGUUCAGAGCAGACUGGGUUGUUCCUCAGGGAUUUUCUGGUCACUCAGCUGAUUGGGAAGGACCUGUUUGAUAUGUGGACAGUUAUCAACCCCAUGGGGCUAUUGGUGCAGGAGCUUACUAAGAGGAACGUUCCAUUGCCAGAACCUCGCCUCAUCAGGUCUGCUGGAGCCAGUACCGUCCUGCCGCUAUACUUUGUGGGCUUGUACAGCGACAAGAAGCUUCUGGCUCAGGGUCCAGGAGAGACGCUUGUAGCAGCCGAGGAAGAGGCGGCUCGUGUGGCCCUCCGGAAACUCUACGGCUACACUGAGAACCGCAGACCCUUUGACUUCUCUCCGCUGCAGCAGCAUCAACAGCCAUUAAUUCAGUCAGUCAGCAGCAAUUAAUGAGGUGACCAUUCAUACAGCAGCAGAAAAUUAUUUAAAGGGGCUGCAGAGGGACAGGAAAGUGGCAUGAAUCUACCCAAGAGAUCAUUUGAGAUAUAUCGGAUAACAGACUUGCUAAGGAUUAAAAGGAGAAAAGAAGUGGACGUAAGGUAAUCAUCUGCCUUAUUAAAAAUGUGUCUGGCAGUGCAUUUGUAAGGACUGUGUCUAUUGAGUAUAUUAAUGUCAGUUCUCCAAGAAACAGGAGAUUAAAAUUAACCUUACUGUCCACAUGAAUGUGUGACUAUGGUGUAAGAUCCAGGUUUCCACUGAAUCAGACAGAAAUUGAAGUGCUUUUGAAUUAAUUUGAUCACGUAUUCAGAAGUAAAAGUUCCCAUCGCUUACCUUGGCUAAUAUCCUGCAGGCUCUGCAGUUUAUUGUACAAAAUCGCUCCAAUAUCUGGUUGUCCUUGUAAAUAAUACAAUUGCCAAUUUAUUCUGUUAUAAUGUUUUGUUCAUCUGUAAUAAAUAGUAAAGAAUGUGUACACCACAA